GAGAGAGAGAGAGAGAGAGAGAGAGAGAGAGAGAGAGAGACGCGCCCUAACGGAUUCUCCGGUACACGCUAGUUUUGGAUUGUCCACUCGCUCGCGCGUCUCAGAGCCGGUUUCAGCACUACAGUCAAUGGGAACAGCUCUCGUUUGGUUUGCCUCAGUUCCGUGAUAGACCCGAAAGACACGUCGAGAUCUUCUGCGUGUGUUAAAGGGACUGAGUCUGCGGGAAAGUCGGACCGCAUGCUGGAGCUUCGGCUCGUUACGGACUCACUUGCGGACGCCGAAACUCGCACAACCGUGCGCCGGCUCUGACGCGUGAUGGCGGAGUGCGGGCGCAGGGCGCUGUCGCUGCUCGAAGCGGCCCGUUCGCGCUACGAGAGCUUGCAGAUUUCAGACGAUGUGUUCGGGGAGUCGGGCGACGACAGCAGCGAGAACCCGUUUUACAGCACCACCGGAGACUCCAACUCGGACAGCUGUGCGGAGGCGAGCGACAGAGCGAGCGGUGCAGGGGCCGGAGGCACACGCGCUCCUCCUCCCGGCUCGGCCUCUGCUGGACACGCGGAGAUGAAAGAAGGAGAAGAGGAGGACGGAUGGAAUGAUGCGUUACAGGACACAGACACCCCUCACUAUAAAGACACACACGGUCCCACACAGAAAAUGCCGGCCACUGCCACAGCCAUGGAUUUCUUCCAGCUCUUCGUACCUGACAAUGUUAUUCAGAACAUGGUGACUCAGACCAACAUGUAUGCUAAGAAGUUCCAGGAACGCUUUGGCAGUGACGAAGGCUGGACCAGUGUGACGCCGGCUGAGAUGAAAGCAUUCCUGGGCUUUGUGAUCUCCACUAGUGUUCACCGCUGUGAAUCUGUCCUGAGCAUCUGGAGCAGUGGCUUCUUCAGCAACCGCAGCAUAGCACUCAAAAUGAGCCAGGCACGCUUCGAGAAGAUCCUUAAAUAUUUCCAUAUCGUGGCCUUCCGUUCAAGCCAAGGUGGUAACCAGGGCCUUUACAAGAUCCAGCCCUUCUUGGAUUCACUGCAGCAGAGCUUCGGCUGUGCCUUCCGGCCCUCACAAACACAGGUUCUGCAUGAACCCCUGAUUGAUGAGGACCCUGUGUUCAUCACCACAUGCACAGAGAGGGAGCUGCGCAAGAGGAAGAAGAGGAAGUUCAGCUUGUGGGUACGACAGUGCAGCUCCACUGGCUUUAUCUGUCAGAUUUAUGUACAUCUGAAGGAGGGUCCUGGUCCAGAUGGACUCGACACACUGAAAAACAAACCGCAGCUCCACAGUCUGGUGGCCAGGCAGCUCUGUCAGAACCUGUCUGGACGUAACGCCAUCAUUUUCACCGGCCCCAGCAUCACCAGUCUCAGCCUAUACCAGGAGUUUGAGAAUCAGGAUAUCUACUGCUGUGGGCUGCUAAGCACCAGGAAGAGCGACUGCACCGGUCUGCCUGCGUCCAUGCUGCGUAACCCUGAGGGCCCUCAGCAGCGCGGCCAGUCCCACAUCAAGAUGAAGGGCAAUAUGUCCCUCAUCAGCUGGUACAACAAGGGCAACUUCCGAUUUCUCUCCAAUGCCUACUCACCCAUCAAACGAGGUGUGAUCAUUAAGAGGAAAAGUGGAGAAAUCCAGUGUCCUCUGGCUGUGGAAGCUUUUGCCGCACACCUGAGCUACAUCUGCAAAUACGAUGACAAGUACAGCAAGUACUUCAUUUUCCACAAACCCAACAAGACGUGGCAGCAGGUCUUCUGGCUCACCAUAAGUAUCGCCAUCAACAACGCAUACAUCCUCUACAAGAUGUCUGACGCCUAUCAUGUUAAACGUUACAGCCGUGUUCAGUUCGGUGAGAGGCUCGUGAAGGAGCUGCUGGACUUGGACGACUGCUCGCCUACAGAGUGAAGUGACCGCAUACUGUCUAACACACACAUACACGGCCAAUCAUCCAUUGACACUGACAGCUACUAACCUGUGGCUGAUAGGCUUACGAUAAUGACGUUUCCACUCCUUCUAUCUGCGACAAAUCAAAGCUGUGCCAAGUGUAUUUAAAAUCCUCACACUCCACAGUCCCCACAAUACACCUCCCUCCUCCUGUCCACCACAGGACCAUGUAUAUAAUCAUCCCACUGUUUGUGUGUCUUUCUGCUGCAUGAUGAAUGUGAGUGUACCACCAUGUAAAUGCGUAAUGAUUUUUAUGACGGUGUUUGUGUAGUCUGAACCCUGUGAUACACUGUUUUGUGGAUUUGCUCCUGUAGGUCUCGAGGACAACUUGCAGCAAUGAGAUAUAUAUUAAAAAAAGUACACACAGCGA